AGCAUUUUUCUCGCUAUAUUUUAUGUUAUCACUCAUUUCUAUUAUCCCUAAAAGUUAAAAGAAGCGAACGAGAAGUAAAAUACGUUUGUUUCAUCAGUUAUCAUGCCAACUUAAAGCCUCUGGCUUCAGCGGAAGUAAUGAAUAAUAAGUAUUCGAAACCUCUCGAAAAAAAUAACAAGGAAAUUAUACCCAAGUAUGUGCGGUAGCUCAAGACGUAUUUAUAAGACCUAAAUCAAAAAUGCCACCAAUCAGCAGAUCAUUUUUAUGGAACAUUUUUCAAAGGAUCGACACGGAUAGAAACGGCUCUAUUAAUGGUGAUGAACUUCAAAGGGCCUUGGCAAAUGGUACUUGGACUCCUUUUAAUCCUGAGACCAUACGACUUAUGAUGGGGAUGUUUGAUACAGAUGGCAAUGGUGUGAUUGAUUUCAAUGAAUUUGCUGGUCUUUGGCAGUAUGUCUGUGACUGGCAGGAAUCAUUUCGCAGCUUUGACACUGAUAGCUCUGGAACAAUUGACAGAAAUGAGUUAAAAGCAGCUCUUCGAAGUUUCGGAUACAAUCUAUCGGAGAGAUUUUACGGAAUACUUAUCAGAAAGUUCGAUAGAACUGGCAGUGGAGAUAUUCGCUUUGAUGAUUUCAUUCAGUGUUGUGUUGUUCUUCAGACUUUGACCAACGCUUUCAAACAACGCGAUCAUAACUUCAAUGGAUGGAUAACCGUCAGCUACGAACAAUUUUAGCAAUGGUGUUUAGUUGCAAGACGAAGUAGAUAUAUCAUCUGCAAUACUGCCGAACAUUGACGUACCUUAUGCUAUUUUAUGUAUUUUAUAUAUAUGCACAAAUUCACAACAAAUAUUUUUAACAAUAGUGUUAAGUUGCAAGACGAAAUAGAAAUAUCAUCUGCAAUACUGCCGAACAUUGACGUACCUUAUGCUAUUUUAUGUAAAUAUAUAUGCACAAGUUCACAACAAAUAUUUUAACAAUUGUGUAUAGUUGCAAGACGAAAUAGAACUAUCAUCUGCAAUACUGCCGAACAUUGACGUACAUUAUGCUAUUUUUUGUAAAUAUAUAUGCACAAGUUGUCAACAACUAUUUUUAACAAUUGUGUUUAGUUGCAAGACGUAAUAGAAAUAUCAUCUGCAAUACUGCCGAACAUUGACGUACAUUAUGCUAUUUUAUGUAAAUAUAUAUGCACAAGUUCACAACUAAUAUAAUUACAUUCUUCAAUGUAA